CGCUGAGUGUGCCGCUGAGUGCCGCUGAGUGCCACAGAGGUGCCAGUGCCACAAGAAGGAUCUCGCUGUCUCUCGACGCCAGGCCGUUUUGACGUGCUGCUGGCAGACAGAAGCAGCACAGCAGCCUGGAUCCUCGUUAUGUAACGCGUCGGAUGCUGCUGCUGCAAGGCGGGGAGUAGCAUAGUAGCGGGGGGGAGGGGGUGGAGGUGGAAACUGACGGACGGCAGAUUUAGUGGCAAAUAACGGUAUGCGUGUCUUUAGUGUGUGAACGCGCAGAUAGUCGGGAAUAACAACGAUGAAGAGUGCGUCGCUGUAGUGCGGAGUGAGCGAGCCCGUCUGGGCAUCAGUGUCCUAUAUACCCCUAAAAGCGCACUGUCUGGAGCUUGCGGUAGCCGCACUAGUUUUUUUAUCUUUUUGUUUUUCUUUUUAGCCGACCAGAGGCGCGUCUCUGUUUCAAUCCGUCUCCUACACCAGCGGGAAUAAACCAAUGCGGCUUUGCUUUGGAGAGGAAACGCGUUCGUAUUUUGUUCCCCGUCGCACCGGUUCAAUCCAACAGCCGGCGGCGCUGCAGCACAAACAAUGGCGGGUCCCGAGCAGUCCCAGCAGCAGCAGCAGGUGGAGGAGAAGGCCGAGCAGCUAGAUGAUGCCGAGAUGGCCCUGCAAGGCAUUAACCUGCUGCUCAACAACGGCUUCAAAGAGAGCGACGAGCUCUUCAGGAGAUACAGGACCCAGAGCCCGCUGAUGAGCUUCGGGGCCAGUUUCGUCAGUUUCCUGAACGCCAUGAUGACAUUUGAGGAGGAGAAGAUGCAGACGGCCUGUGACGACCUGAGGACCACCGAGAAGCUGUGUGAGAGCGACAGCGCCGGAGUCAUAGAGACAAUCAGGAACAAGAUUAAAAAAAGUAUGGACUCCCAGAGGUCGGGUGUUGUGGUCGUGGACCGCCUACAGAGACAGAUUAUUGUUGCCGACUGUCAGGUGUACCUCGCCGUGCUCUCUUUCGUCAAGCAGGAGCUUUCAGCUUACAUCAAAGGAGGCUGGAUUCUACGUAAGGCGUGGAAAAUGUACAACAAGUGCUACAGUGACAUCAGCCAGCUGCAGGAGGCCUGCCAGCGGAGGCCCUCGGUCCACCAGGAGUCCCCCCCGACGGACAACGCCAACCACAACACGCCGGAGGAGAACUGCGUGACGGCCGAGGCCCUGGACCGGCUCAAGGGCUCCGUCAGCUUCGGCUACGGCCUCUUCCACCUGUGCAUCUCCAUGGUGCCGCCACACCUGCUCAAAAUCAUCAACCUGCUGGGUUUCCCUGGCGACCGUCUCCAGGGCCUGUCCUCCCUCAUGUAUGCGAGCGAGAGCAAGGACAUGAAAGCCCCGCUGGCUACGUUGGCCCUCUUGUGGUACCACACAGUAGUGCUGCCUUUUUUUGCUCUGGAUGGCUCGGAUACACACGAGGGGCUGCAGGAAGCCAAAGCUAUUCUGCAGAGGAAGUCGGUGGUUUACCCCAACUCAUCCCUCUUCAUGUUCUUCAAAGGACGGGUUCACAGGCUAGAGUGCCAUAUCAACAGUGCUUUAGCCUGUUUCCAUGACGCUUUAGAGCUCGCAUCAGACCAAAGAGAGAUCCAGCACGUGUGUCUCUAUGAGAUUGGUUGGUGUAGCAUGAUAGAGAUGAGUUUUGAAGACGCAUUCAGGUCGUUCGAAAGGCUGAAGAAUGAGUCGCGUUGGUCGCAGUGCUACUACGCCUACUUGACUGGAGUGUGUCAGGGUGCUUCGGGCGACCUGGACGGAGCAAGCGGGGUUUUCAAAGAGGUGCAGAAGCUGUUCAAGAGAAAAAACAACCAGAUAGAGCAGUUUGCUGUCAAAAGGGCUGAGAGAUUGAGAAAGAUCUCGCCCACCAGAGAGCUAUGCAUCCUUGGCGUAAUUGAAGUGCUGUAUCUGUGGAAGGCACUUCCGAACUGCUCCUCGUCCAAACUGCAGAUAAUGUAUCAGGUGUUACAGAGUCUAGAUGAGGGUUCGUGCAGAGGCCUGAAACAUCUCCUUCUUGGUGCCAUUCACAAAUGUCAUGGGAAUAUGAGAGAUGCAGUUCAGUCCUUCCAGCUGGCGGCCAGAGAUGUGUACGGACGGCAGAUCAACUCAUACGUUCAGCCGUACGCCGUCUACGAGCUUGGAUGUAUACUCCUUGCAAAACCGGAGACUGUGGGAAAGGGAAGAUCAUUGCUACUUCAAGCCAAGGAGGAUUUUACAAACUACGACUUCGAGAACAGGCUUCAUGUCCGCAUCCAUUCAGCCCUGGCUUCUUUGAAGGAAGUAGUGCCUCAGUGACUCCAGGAAGGGAAGCUACUAUAGCUCAAGCUAUGCUUUUGGCUUUUUACACCACCAAAGUUUUAAGCUAUUCAAGAUAACUGUAUGGCGUCCCUAAACCCAGUGAGAUUGUCAUGAAGUGUCAUCUCUGUGCAUUUUGGGAUGUGCUAGUAGCUUAGCACAAAUUAGAUGGAAAUGGCUAGCCUAGCUGUGGCUACCAAGUUGAAAUCUAUGGCUAACAACUCCAAAGCUAUGAUACCUUUAGAUAUCAGACGUGUCUUGUUAGCCAGCAAGCUAGUCCCCAACUUGUCAAGCCCACUAAUGGGACAGGACUGUUGAGACAAUGCACGCCACGAAGCAGUUACUGGUGAAAAAAUAGCUUCAACUGCUUGUUAAACCACAAGGUUUUGCAUUUCUCUUUUAUGGCGUUUCAUACAUAGUAUACCCAGUAUAAAUAUGAUAUCCUUGGGGUAGUUGGAAUGUGCAAUUUCCUUCUAUUUGGCAGAGCUGAGCUAGCUCUUUCCCCUUGCUUCCUGCCCUAGCGCUAAGCUAGGCUGAACACGUCCCUGGCCUAUUUAUGAACAAGAUGCACAGAGGUGAAAUUGAUAUCAAUCCAUGACUCUGGGCAUAACAACAAAGAAGCAUAUCUCUCCAGAUCUCUAACUGUUCCUAUGAGUAUUUUCUUCGCACCCAAAUGUAUUAGCUAGCUAGUAACAAUUUUCCUCAUUAGCGUGUGUAUAUGGAGGACUUCAGUAAUGCCUUUCCUUCCCUUCAGUGAGUAAUCCAGCACAUACAAAUAAUGUUUUAAUGAGAUUUAUUAGAUAUAUUUCCCUUAAAAAUAACGUUACAAUGAGUAAUAAAAGACACGGGUAUUAGUGUUUUCCCAUUCUUUAAAAUGCAGAUGACAUUUGACCUUCAAUAAUAAUCACAUAUUAAAAAGACAAGGGAAAUAAUUGUCAAAUUUUAUAUUUACUUUGAGAUAUUCUUAUAAAGGACUCCUUACUCCAUUUUCCUAAUUCAAUUUUCAGACAAUGCAAAUGGGCGUUGAGUUACAUCACGAAGGGGUCACUUGUAAACUUGUAGUCAAAUGAGUUACCAUGGGAAUAGUCAAGUAACAUUACACACAGUUACAGCUCGGCUGCUGUGAGUUAGUCAUUCACAUUCAAGUAGUUAGACAUUAUAGCAACUGAGAAAUCACCACACUCCACAAUGCCCUAAUGAUGUUUUUUUAAAAUGUGAAACCACCGGGCAUUGAUCCUGUGCACUAUGCAGGGUAAACAGAGGCUUUAAGACGAUAUUGAAGUCAAAUAUACCCGUAUGUCCAUCCCUGCAAAUACAUACAGUGGGUACGGAAAGUAUUCAGACCCCUUUAAAUAUUUCACUCUUUGUUUCAUUGCAGCC